AUGAUCCCCAUCGUCGCGGCGCGCGCAUCUUUCGUCGAGGAGGUCCUCAUCGAGCGUUUACGCGACGACGCCGUCGCCUUGGUGUUCACCUUCACCACCACCGAGCAUGAGCUCGAACGACACUCCGCCGUCAUGGCCAAGCCCCUGCGCGCGGUGCUCGCGAAAUCACGCGCAGAAACGCUCGAACUGUGGUUCGGACGCGGGCGUUGGAACGCGCGGCGAUGGGGGGCGCCGCCGGUGGUGGCGAAACCGAUCGGCGCGGAGGCGCUCGGGACGUGGCGCGCGGACGAGGACGCCGAGCGAGGGUGGCGAGACGCGACGACGGCGCUCGGCGGGACGUUCUGCGCGUCUCUGAGCGCGCUGGGGACGUCUACGGCGGUGACGUCACCGGUGUUGGGAUUUAACGCUUGGGAUGGGGAGGCGUCGUCGGCGCGACGGGCGAGCGACGCCGCGACGGUGAAGCACGCGAGUUUACCGCAAGAGGCGGUGUGCGUGGAGAACUUAGCGCCGUGGUUGAAGCAGUUGCCUUGUCGCGAUAGAGCGGGAUUGGCAAAGGCGCUGAAAACUGCGCACGAAGUGUUUAGCGCGAGACAUUUGACGUUCGGCGUGAGGUUGUCCAAGGAUGGCGACGGUUACACGCGAUCCGAGCAAACUUUGAUGAUGGUGUUGCCAGAUGCUAGCGAGUCGUACGCUGAAAUUAUCGGAACGAUCCAGCGAGUGGCGAGUGACGUCUGCGUCGCCGCCGAUGGCUCGUACGUUCACGCGCGCGAUGGAGAUGAUAUCGCGACUUUCAAUUUGUCGUCGUCGGCGGCGUUCGACGCCGACGCUCUCGGAGUCAACCAUCGCACGCCCACGCUGUACGUCGAACGGUUCUUGACGGGCACUGGGAAUGAGUUCGGUGGUAUUGUGAUCGAUAUCGAGCGGCCGGCGCUGGAAUCGAGCGCGAACUCGUCGCCGCCCAUACGUGCUCGUUUGUUCCAGCCGCUUCCUUGGUUCGUGAAGCUGUACAUGCACACGCUUUCUAUCGAGCUGGACGGAGUCGCGGUGUCGCGCGAAGUGUUGGAUGAAAUGCACUUCGUGCCCGCAGAAGAUCGCGUGCGUUCUUCAUUGCUUGAGUUACAAAUGGUGCUUCCAGCGAACGCCUCGAUGCUUCGCUUGCGCCUUGAUUUCGACAAAGGUUUCCUUCGAGCGCAAGAGUUUCCUCCGGACGCGAACCGUGGGUUCGACUUACCUCCGGCUCGAUUCGAUGCGUUCCGUGUCAUCCACGCCGACACACGUGUGCCUCGUACGCAGCAGGCGAGCGCGUUUCUCGAUAAACUUCGAGCAUCCUCAGUGGCUCCCGAGACGCUGUACAUGAACAGUCUCCUCCUGCUUCUUCCCACGCCAGACUUUUCGAUGACGUUCAACGUGGCCGCUAUGACGGGAAGCGUGCUGAGUAUUUUAUUUCUAAGCCUCAUGCGCGCGAUGACCGCUCGCGAGUCGUGGAAAGAUUAUAGAAGAUAG